UAUGAAAGCUCUUAACAAAAUUUGCUUCUAUCAAUGACAAUUAAAUGACAGAUUAUAAAUAAGUAAAAUAUGUACUUAUGCUGUUUGAUCAAAUACAUUGAAUAAUUCAUGUUUAAACAUACGAAAAAAGAGUACAUUUUUGACAUUAAUUUUUGUACAAAAAUAAAAAAAUAUCUCUGUAGCAUUUUACAUUGCUGUUUACAUGUACCGAUCACAUACUUCUUUUGUCGUUAUUUCCUCUUGUGCUCUUGAAACGGAACUACAACGUAUGUCGCACUCUCACUUUCUCGCGCGCGCGGAUGACCCGAUUUCGAUGACGGGCCACUAGCUCAUCAUGAGAAAGCGAGUAAAACACUAUAUUGCUCGUCCCUAUGCCCACGCGGUGAAACUCUUACCACGAGAGAAUGGAUAAACAGGUUGUGCUCUUUGUGCAGAUAUACUUUGAUAAAACUGAAUUGUUCUUUAUUUUUUGUUUUGUUUAAUGCAAAUAAUUAAGGACUAACUCUAAUUUUUAAUAUAAGUUUACUUAUUUUUCAACUAAAUGGCUCUUUUUGUCGAGAGUAUUUAUUUACAAUAUUCCAGUGAUUUUAUGCUUUAUUAAGUUGGGGAGGAAGUCGUUUUGAUAGAUAUAUUGUGUUGUUUUACAUACUUGAUAACAUCACUGUUUGGUAUGUUCUUCAUGUUGUCUGUCAUUACGCUUAAAUAUUUAAUGUUGUGACGGACAAGUUUUAUUGAUACUGAUUUGUUUUAUUUGAUAAAGAUUAAUAAAUAUUACGUCAUAAGAUUAUAUGAUUGUAUGAUCAAGAUUGAUUAGUGAGAAUCGAUAUCAAGUGUCAUACUAUGGACUUGAUGCGAAUGUCAUUCAGUACUUGGAGUUUAGCGAUCAUCGUUAAAGGCAGUGGAAACAAAAUUUAUACUCAGCCGGUUUACAGAUAGAGUCUGUCAGUUUACAGAUAGUUUGCAAAUAACUCUCAGAUAACUACACAACUUGAAAUUAUAAUGAAAUUAUUUUCCGAAACUAAUAAAAGUAGUCUCAUACAGUGGAUAGCAACAUUUGCAGUGUUUCUACUGAGCUGUCAAAUUGGUUUGUUUACCGGCUGGGUAUCGCCUAAUGAAGCAAGAUUGUCACAAGAAUCACCAUCCUCUCAGUCAGAAAUAUCAUGGGUAAUAUCUUUAGCACCAGUAGGAUCUGCUUUGGGAGCACUCGCAGGAGCGUUUUCGAUCGAAUAUCUUGGCAGCAGAAAAACGGUUCUUCUAACUUAUUUAUUAAUGGGUAUCAAUUGGGUAUGUGUCUUAUGCGCAAACUCCUUCGUUUGGUUGUACUUUGCCCGAUUUAUUGGUGGGGUAGCUGAAACAAUAUACAUUUGCAGCUUCUCUAUGUAUCUAAGUGAAGUAACAGCUCCGAAAAUUCGUGGUACUUUAAUUUCAGUGUCAAUGUCCGGUGGUAUACUAGGUGUUAUUUUAGGUCUUAUUGCUGAGACGUAUCUGACUAAAAUUUAUUCUUGUCCAAUAUAUCUUACAGUGACUUUACUUGGUAUAUUAUUAGUUCAGUUCCUGAAAGAUACACCUUAUUAUUUUGUAAAGGUAAAUGAUAUGGAAGGUGCUAAAAAUUCUAUUAUAUUUUACCGAGCUAAUGUUGACGCGGAAAAGGAAUUACGAGAAAUAAAGGAUUAUGUUGAAAGCAGCAGCAAAAGUACCGGAAAUAAAUUUUGUCAACUACGAUUACCUACGGUAAGAAAAUCUUUGUUCAUAAUAGUUAUUGUUUACGCUUUACCAGAGUUAAGUGGUGCGUCAAAUCUUUUGUCAUAUACGGAAUCAAUUUUGACAAAUGUUGGCUUUGAUCUGAUAAAACCCGAACAAGGAGUUAUUUAUAUAAAUGUUAUAUCAAUAACGUCGAUGCUGCUAAUAUUCAGAGGAGUAGACAAACUGGGUCGAAAAGUGUCAUUGUUGAUAUCAAGUGUUGGAACAAGUAUAGCCAUGGUUGCAUUGGGUUCGUAUUAUUAUUUAUUAAAUUCAGAUUUCGACGUGAGCAAUUUACACUGGUUGCCAAUUGUGUCAAUGGUAGCUUUCUUGAUCUUGUAUAAUGUUGGAUAUCUGACAGUACCCAAUACUUUAUUAAGUGAAAUAUUUUCGGAAGAUAUGAAAAGCGUAGCAGCUUGUUUAGGAACAUUAUCAACGUCAUUUUUUGGUUUUGUGAUUAAUAAGUCUUUUCAACCAAUCAUAAGUUCUCUUGGCUAUCACAUUGCAUUUUGGAUUCACGCUGCUCUGACCCUCAUUGGUAUUCCAUGUGCAUUAUGGUUAUUAACUGAAACGAAGGGGAAAUCGCUUCAACAAAUACAAGAUAAACUCAAUAGAAAAUGAAAAAGAUGUGUUUAUAUUAUUGAAGUAGUUGUAUAUGAAUAUGAAACUGUCGUAUAUGUAAGUUGUAUAUGAAACUAUUUGUACAUAUAUACACCUCAUGUUAUAAAAAUUAACGAGAUUGGUAGACUGAAAUGGUGCGACGAAGACAAAAUUAAAGGAAUAAUAAAAAAAUAAUGUGUUGUGGGUAAUGAUUACUAUGUGAAUUAAUCAAACGAUAAAUUUAAAGAAAACUUAUAAUAUGCUUAGUUUAGCAUUUGAUAUUUAAAUAAAUGCAAUUUUUAUUUUCAUUUUUUAUACUAUGUAUAAACUAGGUCUGUUUUAUGUUGAGAUCAUCGA